AUGAAUUUGGUGAACAUAAGAGAUGUUUUGACUUCUUUCAGUCCAGCAUUAGAUUAUCUUGCUCUUAGCACCGGAGAUGGUCGUAUCAAGAUUUGGGAUACUGUAAAGGGUCAGGUCCAAACAGAGUUCGCUGAUCUUGCAUCUGCAGAAGAGACAAACAUAUAUACCAAAGUUGGGAAAGGUCACCUCUCGGUUGAUUAUACUUGCAUGAAAUGGUUGGCUUUAGAGAAAAAGAAGAAGAGGAAACUUGGAACUUCCUUGUUGGUAUUAGGAACAGGUGGAGGAGAUGUCUUAGCACUAGACGUGGCUUCUGGUCAGCUCAAAUGGAGAAUUAGUGACUGUCAUCCCGGUGGCGUCAAUGCUGUAUCAUCUUCAACAAAGGCUUCUUUCAUAUACAGUGGUGGUGCAGAUGGAAUGGUUUGUGAAAUUGAUCCCCAUAGUGGAAAUCUGAUCAGAAAGUUUAAAGCUUCAGCAAAGGCUGUUUCUUCAUUAUCAGUUUCACCAGAUGGAAAAACAUUAGCCACUGCAUCUGCUCAGUUGAAGACUUUUAAGUGCUCUGAUCUUAAGAAAAUACAGAAGUUUACUGGUCAUCCGGGAGGUGUUCGCUGUGUGGCUUUUACCGAGGAUGGGAAAUUCAUCCUUUCUUCUGCUGUUGGUGAAAGAUACAUUGCUGUGUGGAAAACAGAUGGUGCUAAAAAGCAGUCAGCUAGCUGUGUCCUUGCACUAGAGCACCCUCCCGUCUUUGUAGAUAGUUGGGGAGAAACAGAGGGAAAAGGGUUAUACGUUUUGGCAAUUUCAGAAAUAGGUGUCUGUUAUUUUUGGUAUGGGUCAAAUGUUGAGGAGCUAGGCAAUGCAAAACCUACAAAAGUCGCAUUAGCAGCUGAAGAUUUUGCACUUAAACAUCACAAGGGCUCACUGCCUAUUAUCUUUGCUGCAAAAUUACAAGGCAUUUUGAAGCCUGGUUCUGUGAAUGCAUUCAUUGCGUCCGGAUUGCUAGUGAAACCAUCAUUCCAGAAAAUGGUGUUGCAGUUUGGCACCGACUUGGUGUUGAAUGCCUCUAAGAAUGGGAUCCUUCUCCCCAUCACUCAGUCAGAAUCAAAGUCUAAGAAGGGGCAAGGCGUGCAGAAUAAAGUUACAACAUUAGACCGUACACAUGCGGAGGAUGCUUUGCUGCCAAUUGCAAGAGUUGCUGAUCUGCACGAGAAAAAGCGUUUACAACCACACUCAUCUGAUAAGGAUACUGACAUGGUUGACCAAAGUCAAGCGGAUCAUGUAGAAACAUUUAGCAUGGAGGAUAAGUUGAGAUCGUUAGGAAUACUUAAAGGUACAAAUGAACAAAGCAAUCUUUCCUAUGCUUCAGUAGUUGAAGGAAUUGAUCUUGAAGCUUAUCUACCACCAAAGAAGUUAAAGACUGCUGUUUUGUCAAUGGCACCCUCCACUGCGUUCAAGACUCUAGAAGCUCUGGUUCUUAUGUGGCAAACAAGGGGAUGUGGUGGGAAGUGUCUUCUUCCAUGGAUAUACAGCAUAAUGGUGAAUCAUAGUCAUUACAUCAUGUCCCAAGAACCAAAAAACCACCAGCUACUUGAUACACUGCUUAAGAUUACCAAGCCCCGGGGAACGGCUCUUCAACAGUUACUACAGUUGUCUGGACGCUUACAACUUGUUACAGCUCAGAUCAAUAAAGCUGCAGGGAAUCAAACUCAAACAACAGUUCAUGAUCAAGAGAUUGAUGAAAAUGAAGAUGAGCAAGAAGAUGUAGAAGAGCAUGUCUAUGCUGAGAAUGAUUAUGAAUCUGACUUGAGCAGUGACGAUGGAAAAGAUAAAGAUGAUACCUUGAUGGGGGAGAUAUAA